AACCUUGCCCUUUUACCUUCUGGCAACACUAAACCGCAGCGUGGCCGAGUAAAUUUUUUUGCAAAUAUUUUCUUGCAAAUCUUCGCCAGCAGCAGAAAAAAGAUGUCGGCCCUUAAUCUGACCGUUCGCGUGCACCCUGUGGUGCUGUUCCAGGUCGUGGACGCCUUUGAGCGCCGAAACGCUGACUCGCACCGCGUCAUCGGCACCCUCCUCGGAUCCGUCGACAAGGGAGUGGUGGAGGUGACCAACUGCUUCUGUGUUCCGCAUAAGGAGCACGACGACCAAGUGGAGGCAGAGCUGAGCUACGCCCUGGACAUGUAUGACCUCAACCGCAAGGUGAACUCCAACGAGAGCGUGGUGGGCUGGUGGGCCACAGGCAACGACGUGACCAACCACAGCUCGGUGAUCCACGAGUACUACGCCCGCGAGUGCAACAACCCGGUGCACCUCACCGUAGACACCUCGCUCCAGGGCGGUCGCAUGGGCCUCCGCGCCUACGUCUGCAUCCAACUCGGAGUGCCCGGCGGCAAGAGCGGUUGCAUGUUCACCCCCAUUCCCGUCGAGCUGACCAGCUACGAGCCAGAGACUUUCGGACUCAAGCUGCUGCAGAAGACCGUGGGCGUGUCGCCCGCCCACCGGCCCAAGACUGUGCCGCCCAUGUUAGACCUGGCCCAGAUCUCGGAGGCCUCCACGAAACUGCAGUCCCUGCUGGACCUGAUCCUGAAGUACGUCGACGACGUGAUCGCCCACAAGGUGACGCCGGACAACGCUGUUGGCCGCCAGCUUCUCGACCUCAUCCACUCCGUGCCGCACAUGACUCACGAGCAGUUCACCCAGAUGUUCAACGCCAACGUGCGCAACCUCCUGCUGGUCAUCACGCUCUCCCAACUCAUCAAAACCCAGCUGCAGCUCAACGAGAAGCUCACCUUCCUGCCCACCGCCUAGAAAGGUGGUUCGUGGUGCAGUGGGGAUAUCUACUUACGGUGAAAUUGUAAAUGCAGAUUGUUUCGGAUUGUGUGUUGUAUCAACUGGUCUGGGUAAUAAAGUGCUCAGAUCGCAAAAACAAAA